GGCGACUGUCAAAAAGUGCAUGACAAAUAAAUUUCAACCCGUAAAAGUGAAUGCUUCCCGUUUAUUUCGGACAAAAACAAUCUGUUAGUGAACGUGCAGACGAAAUGGCCAAGGUAUUGCAGCGUGUGGAAAUCACGCUGCGUAGCUUCUAUGUAUUCAAUUCCAAUCUGAGCCAGAAGGAGGGCGAGGAGCACAAGAAAAUUCUGUUUUAUCAUCCAAAUGAUAUUGAACUAAAUACAAAAAUCAAAGAUGUGGGUCUUAGCGAAGCCAUCAUUACAUUCACGGGAACGUUUACAAGCGAGGAUGAUUGUAAGGCUUUGCAUACGCAGAAGACAACCCAGCUUUUCUAUCAGCCAGAGCCAGGCUUCUGGCUUGUGAUGGUGCUCAAUGUCCCCAAAGAGGUGAAGCUCAAGGAAGGAGUCGAGGUGGCUGACUAUAGAGGAGGCGAAGUAUCUGAUAGGAUAUAUCAAGCUGUCUUAAGGCAAUGCUAUCAUAUGUAUCGCUUUCAUCAUGGUCCUCUCCAAACGAAACUGAUGGCCAGCCCAGGCAGUGAGGAGGCAGAGGAGCAGCGCCAACAAUUGGCUGCAGAGCUGAAAACAUUCUAUGAUCGCUAUUUGGCUACACUCAAGGAUCUGGCUCAGUGUGAUAUCAUGGAUAUGCUACACUCCAUUCAGUACCUUGCUCUGGACAAAAGCCUCUUUUUGCGCGCCCAUAACUUCAGCAUGCUAUGCGAUACCUUCACAGCGGUCAAAGAGUGCAUCAUGUUCUAUAACGACCAAGUUGUCUGUGGAGGCAAACUGGCUGCUAGCGACUUGUAUAGCUUGCAUGCGUAUGUCCUGGGAACAGUUUCUGCGGUUGGAUCUGUGGAUACCUUUCGAACGGGUGCAUUUGUACUCGAAGGAGAAAAACCAAUCGCAGCUGAGGUCUACUUGGAUUUAGAUAAGCAAAUUAGGCCGCAUUGUUUGCUCAUAUAUCGCGCAUUGAAUGUUACGCUUUGUCUAUUUGUGGAUGCUGUUCCUACGCAGGAGUUCUAUGAAGAGCUGCACGCCUAUUUGGGCCCACAGCUCAGCAGCCUGGCUAAAGACAUUGCCACUGCCUCGAAGUUGAAUGCGAGUGCAUCUGCAACGACUGCAACUAAUCCUGACGAUGGCUCAGCCAAAUAUCUGUUUAUCAACGAGCAAAGCCUCAAGCAUCAUACAAAUAUACAUCGAAAUGCAAAGAGCAUUCCACGAAAUGUAAUGAGUAUCAUUGCAGAUCUUGCUAAUCCCAUACAAGAAAUCUCUGCCGCCGAGGAGCUGCAGGUGAAGACAACGAAUGACUAUUGGAUUGUGAAGCGUCGUUGCAAUUGGCGACAAUAUUAUGUGAUCCUCAGCAAAAGCAAGGCAACAACGCUGCUCGAUGUGACCCAGGAGGCAAAGCGUAUAUUUGAACAGGAGCUCACAGAUGAUGUAUUCUUUGACAAAUAAAAAGUAAUAAUAGAUAAA